ACCUCUGACUCUUGGAAAGUGCCAUGGAAUCUUUAAUGGACAUCGUCGGUCAGAACCUCCGUUUGACAUCCUCACACAAAAAGCAGCACCUCCAGAAAAGAUGCCCUGAUCACCAAGGACUUGUUUUAAUGGAUAUGUCCCAGAAGGAUCCCUGCCAGAAACAAGCCUGUGAAAUACAGAAAUGCUUGCAAGCCAACAACUACAUGGAGUCUAAGUGUGAGGCUGUCAUCCAAGAGUUGCGUAGGUGCUGUGCUCAGUACCCCAAAGGGAGAUCUGUUGUCUGUUCAGGAUUUGAAAAGGAAGAUGAAGAAAGGCAGAAGCUUAAGUCUGCAUCCAAAUGAAUUUCUGCUCCAUGUUUUUCAUCCAGGAGAUUUUAUUUGGUCUCCUGAACAGGUUUUCUCAGGUAGUCAACAAAAGCCAAAUGGAAAUUCAUUUAUAGGUUUAGUCAAUAGAUAUGCCACUUAAGCAAAAGAAUAGAAAAAUAGAAAAAAAAAUCUAGUUUGAAACAACUUACUGAAAGCAAAAAUGUUUUUCUUUCAAUGUAAACUUUAAAAAUGACCUGUUGAAAAUAAACAUGUUUUAAAUGCA